AUGGAAUCAGGAAAUCAAACAAGAGUUUUAGAAUUUUUACUCCUGGGACUGUCUCAAGACUCAGAGCAGCAACCCAUCUUAUUUGGGCUGUUUCUGUCCAUGUUUGUGGUCACCGUGGUUGGGAACGUGCUCAUUAUCCUGGCCAUCAGCUCUGACUCCCAUCUCCAUACCCCCAUGUACUUCUUCCUCUACAAUCUGUCCUUGGCUGACAUCUGUUUCACUUCCACCACCAUCCCAAAGAUGCUGGUGAACAUUCAGACACAGAGAAAAGCCAUCAGCUAUGUGGGCUGCAUCACCCAGAUGUAUUUUUUCAUGGUUUUUGGAGUUAUGGAUACUUUUCUCCUCACUUUGAUGGCGUAUGACCGGUUUGUGGCCAUCUGUCACCCCCUGCACUACAUGGUCAUCAUGAACCCCCGUCUCUGUGGUCUGCUGGUUCUUGUGUCCUGGUUCAUCAGUGUGUCAUACUCCCUGAUUCAGAGUCUGCUGAUGUUGCAGCUGUCCUUCUGUUCCAACUGGGUAAUUCCAGACUUUUACUGUGAACUUGCUCAGGCCCUCACACUUGCCUGCUCAGACACACUUGUAAAUUAUAUCCUGCUAUAUCUGGUGACUGGCUUUCUUGGCAUUGUUCCCUUCUCAGGGAUCCUUUGCUCCUAUACCCGAAUUGUCUUCUCAAUCCUGAGAAUCCCAUCAGCUAAUGGGAGAUAUAAGGCAUUUUCUACCUGUGCGUCUCACCUAUCCGUGGUUUCUUUGUUCUAUGGGACAGGUCUUGGUGUGUAUCUCAGCUCUGAGUCAUCUUCCUGGAGAGGUAUGGUUGCUUCGGUGAUGUACACUGUGGUCACCCCAAUGCUGAACCCCUUCAUCUACAGCCUUCGGAACAGGGACAUCAAGAGGGCUCUACAAAAACUUCUUGGGAGAACACUCUGUGUUCAGUGA